CCGGCUAAAUGUCAGCGGCCAUCUUUCACGAUUGUAAACAAACAAUAUAUCCAUGAUCAUCUGCGAUUUAAUCGCAAAAUAUCUUAUUUAAACAUUUUAUCUCAUCGAAUGUAAAUACUAUAAAUAAUUCAAGAGGAUAAACAUCAACGAAAAAAAUGAGUUUCCUCUUUGGGAUGAAAAACUCUUCGAAGACUUUUAAGCCAAAGAAGAACAUCCCAGAGGGUUCCCAUGGAUACGAGUUGAUGCAACAUGCUGCUGUGACCUUGGGAAGCGGUAACCUUCGUCUUGCAGUUGCACUCCCAGAGGGAGAAGACCUGAAUGAAUGGGUGGCAGUCAACACUGUUGACUUUUUCAACCAGAUUAACAUGCUGUAUGGCACAAUCACGGAGUUUUGUUCAGAAGAGACAUGCCCAGUUAUGUCUGCGGGACCAAAGUACGAGUACCAUUGGGCCGACGGACAGACCGUGAAGAAACCCAUCAAAUGUUCAGCGCCAAAGUACAUUGAUUACUUGAUGUCUUGGGUCCAAGAUCAGCUGGAUGAUGAGACAUUAUUUCCAUCCAAAAUAGGCGUUCCAUUCCCGCGAAACUUUCUCAACAGUGCGAAAACAAUUUUGAAGCGCUUGUUCCGAGUGUACGCGCACAUAUACCAUCAGCACUUCAAAGAAGUCAUGCAACUCAGCGAGGAAGCACAUCUCAACACUUCGUUCAAACAUUUCAUAUACUUCGUCCAGGAGUUUAACCUUAUCGAGCGCAGAGAGCUCGCGCCACUACAAGAGUUGAUUGAUAAGCUUACCAGCAAGGAUAGAUAACUUGAUGAAUAACAGUCGAGCAAGUUUAGAAAGCAUUUUCAUACAGGAAGAAAUAGUGAUUUAUCGGUUAAACUUGGAAUUCAUUUGUUAUGGGUUUUUAUCUUUAUUUCUGGCAUGGGCCGUGCUGUAUACAUGUAAAAGAUUAAAUGUUACUGUAUAUUUCAUAUCGUACAUGUAACUCGAUGAAAUGUUAAACAAUAAUCAAUAGUUUGGUAACAUUGUCAAUUGUAAUAUUUUCUUCAUAUUUUAAGCUAGUUUUCCCACUAGUAAAUGUAUUAACAGAAAAGUCAGUUUGUAUCAGUAAUCCAGCAGCAAUCUUUAAAAUAAUUCUAGACAAAAACCCAUACAGAUUGAAAUCCAUAUUGUACCUAUCGAAGAAGCCUUCAUUGUGCGGAAAAAAGUGUUGAAAGUGUCCAAAAUGUGCUGAUAUAUUUUCGUGCUGUCAAGAGCUUUGUUAUUUUCUCUCGUGUCUUUUAAAUCUCAUGAAAACUUUGAGCGGAGGGAUAGUGUGUUUUAAUGUUCAAUUGAUCAUUUGCUAUAAAAUGUUUAAGUUCAAUUAAUUUUACCUGUAUGUGUGAGCCCAGUCUUCAGAAAUCAGAUUUUUUUUUCAACCAGCCGGAAUACCAAUUUGCUUAUUUAAUAAUGAGAUUAUAACUCACAAGUGGAUAUAUAUACAUGAUACACAUGUGACCAAACCCCAUAUUUUUACAAGCCCUUCUGUUUUUUGGCUAAUUUCUUUCAAAGUUAUGCCACAUAUGUAAGAUUACUGAUAAUAUAUAUGGAUAGAAAAUAAGGACAACAAAUAUCAUUAUGUUCCUAAUGUUUAUUUAAAUCUAUCGACUACAGAAAAUAAUCUACUGUCUUUAUUUUAGUGAUAAAGUUAUGACUUAGUAAGGCUUGAAAAAACAUGAAAGGCAAAUAACAAGAGUUGGGGAUUUUAAAGCUAGGUGCUUGCUCUCACUGUAAAGUCAAAUUUUUCAUGCAUGCAGGUGAAAAUAAUUGAAUUUUAAAUUGAGAUGAAUAUAUAUAUCUGACUGUAAAUUUAUCAAUGUGCUUUUACUUUUUGGCAAUAAUGUCCAUUUUCUGUUGUAUUUUUUUAGCUUUUCUGUUUUUCAAAGAAAAAUUGUUUGUAUUGUUAAAGCCUUGGUGUCCGCGCCAUAGUGUAAAAGCCACUCUACAUAUAUAUAGGGGAAUUAGUCAGGGGUAUUAAAGUUUGUAUUUAUCCUGUGUUUCAGGAUUGAGGGCCGUUAACUUCAGACUAUUAUACAGUUGUAAAGCCUUUUGCUUAGACAUUUGCAUCAAAAAUAGUAUGAAUCACCUUGAAAUGAAUAUUUAUAGUUUUGGAAACCAUUUCAAAAGGGGUAUUAGCCUCUUUAUCCUUCUUUGGGCAUAAAUUCCUCGUACUCAACAGACACUUGGUUAAUUUUCAGGAUUGAUGUUUAUUAGCUUUUUAACCCCCUGUUUAGAACAGGAAUACACGUUUAGAACACACGUUACCCCGAGACAAUUCGCAGUUUAUAGUAAGGCCUAUAACUCAGGUUUUAAUAAUUAUUGAGUUGUGCCCAAGACAACAGACAGUGUUGCUGUUGGUUUAAAAACUUACAAGAGCACAUGAAAUAUGUUUUUGUGUUAUUUAAGUGAAUGGACAUACAUGCAGCCUUAAUAGUUAUCGAGUAGUGCCUCUUUUCAACUGAAAAAAAACAUAAUAAUGACAAGAACAGGUGAGCGUUGCCACUACUUGCAGGGCUCUUGUUUUUACCAUUUACAAGAAUAUAUGGAACACUUAUGCAUUUUGUGCCAUUGAAAUGAUUGAUAAAUAUUCACUGAAAUGUUUCCUGUCGUAAUAAAAAGAAUUUUUUGCUGGCUUUUGAAUACAUUGUUAACAGUAGGUUUAUCAAAAUGUUAAUAUAAUGUUAUCAAUUGUGUGUGAGUCAGUUACAUUUUAUGUCUUUCAACAAACACCCAUACUGCUAUGUAAUAAUAAUAAUGAUAAUGGCACAUACAUUUUAAGGUUUAAGCAAGGAUUUGUAAAGGAAAGGGUGCUGCAGAAGAUGGCCAGGAUGAUGUCGAAGAAAAGGGAACAUAGUUUUGGCCUGUAAAGAACUUGGAAUGUUAUGAGCUUCAUAGAAAAUGUUAGGGAUUGUGUUUAAUUGAAGUGAUAUUAGGUUUUAACUGCCAAAUAUGUAAAGUUGGCAUGUGUUCGCAUUAUAAGUUUUAAUCAAAACAAAAUAAUUAUUUGACAGUCUUAAGCAUUUAAUUCUAUGAAGGCAGAAGGGUGUCCAUGUUGGUCUCCAUGAGGGCAGAAGGGUGCUACCAGAAAAAGGACAGAGUGCCAGCACCCUUCCAUAACUCGAGCAAAAAACUUGAAAAUAUCCAUACCACAUACUGUACCCAUCAUCUAUAUUUGAUAGUUUUCAUUGACUUUUUAUUUGACAUUCAUCAUGUUGUAUUUAUUUUAUGUUUGACACAAAUCCUUACAAAUCAUAUUGCAUUUGUAGCUUUAGCGAUCUACAUGCAGCGUAAUUAAAUGUUUAGAUUGUUGAAAUGAAGGCCAUCCUUUGUGGAUGACUUCUGAGCAGCUGCUAAAAUGUUUAAGAGAAUAUUUCCGUUAUUAUUUUAGAGCUGCACUUUCACAGAUAUACCAUUUUUACAACUUUUUUGUUUUUGUCUUGAAAAGAGCAAAUUUUUGGGUGAAUAUCUGCAAACCAAUGAUGUAAGAUUGCUGACAAAAAAUCAGAUCAUAGAUUUUCAUAUUUCUGCAAAAAAAAUGGGUCAUUCCAAGACAAGUAUAAAAAAAGUUUUCAAAACGUUCAAUCUGUGAGAGUGCAGCUUUAAAUUCUUGAUUUUCUAUUCAGGAGUAAGAAAAAAUGUGUUUCAUGCCCAAAUCAGGAAGGAAACAGGUCAGAAUAUGUUUGUUUUUGUUGUUUUUUUUGUGGUGUUUUAUACCAAUGAAUAAUUAGCAAAUAUUAUACCCUUUCAAUUGGUACCUAAGUCAUAUGAGGUCAUCUGACAUGAAAUGUAAGAUUGAUAUUGCCAAUGACUCCAUCAACUGACAAGCUUAUCUUUUCAUGGUUAACUUAAGCUGUAAUGGGUUAAAUUUUUGUAAAAUCCUGGUACAUUGUUCUUGAAACAUCUUAAGUCCCUUAUAGCAAGAAUAAGCUGGUCUAACUACUUUUAUUUGGGUAUAUAUUGUGUUAUAUUGUCCAUUCUUCAAGGUUUUUGAUCUUUAAAAGAGGAAUUUUCUCUUAAUGAUUAUCUUGAAAAAAAAAAAUUAUCUAGAAAAGUGGAGAUUAAGGUAAGAAGUUUGGCUUAAUGAAAUAAGCUUGUUAGACUAAAGAACUUUCGAGAAAUUCAAGCCUGGCAGCAGUUAAGCAAAGGAGUCUUUAGUUUGGAUUUAUUCCUCUGUCAUGUUUGAUUGCAUUACUAAAAUGACAUUUCAGCUUGCGUUUGAUAAUAUACAUUACGACUUUGUUGAAAGCUGGUUUAUAAGAGGUCUUUGUUAAUAGUUGGUGAUAUUUAGAAUUCACUGCUUUGAAAGAGCUUUAAAGCUUAUGGUUUGUAUUCAAAUGAAUUCUAUAAGUUUGGUUAUUAAAAAUGUUUUGAUACGGGAACCUGAAAUGUCAUUUUUAAUAAUUAAUUUGUUAAUACCUAGUCAGUUUGUUGUAAAUAUUUGAUGCGAAAAUGCUACAAAUGCUUAUAGUUUAUAGUGCAUUGAAAAAGAGCGCAAAUCAUGCUGAGCUGUGCUGUGUGCUAUAUGAUAAAACGCCAUUUGAAAUUAUUUGUUCUCAUAGUACAGAAGUACAUUGUAAUACUGCUUAUUUACCUGAUAUUAAUGUCUCUAUCUCUUAGCUAGCUGUUGAGUGUGUGUGCGUGCGUGCGUGUGUGUGUGUGUGUGGUAGUUAAUGGUACAUAAAGCCCACUCAUUGAAUUGGGGCAACCAUAUAAAUGUUGACAUGUAAUUUGCAAGCAUUCGGCGUGAGUACAUAAGUGAAUCUUUCUAAUGAUCGCUUGAAAUUCAUGUAUUUAUUUUCGUCAUUAAUUACAUUGUGUUACAUGAUACAUGUAACAAAACUCCUUUGUAUCCUGAAGCAGUUAAUUUCCUCAUGUCAUUUCAAAUGUUAAACAUUAGGGAAGUAGUUCAGGACAUGAACAUCGUGAGAGAAGGUCAUAAUGAUUUAAAGUAAUAGAUCAUUGGCUGUAAUAAAUAAAUUAUAACAAAUUUUGAUACAAUAAAGUUCAUCGGCAUAUUAUUGUGAAAACUUUUACACUGCUUUUUUAUUACAUAUCUGAGUUAAUCUUGAGUGCAUAAUUCUAAGCAUUAUUUUAGGUACAUAUCACACUUUAAAUGGUGCUGAUGUGUUGCUCAAGAUAUUCAUGUUCAUUUUAAAUUGAUACUUGUAUUUAAAAUCAAUACAUACACAUGUAUAACAAACACAUAUUUUGAGUGAUAAACCUUUAACUACUUUAAAGUAUUCAAUAAUGCAAUAAUGGAAAAUAUUGAUUACUGAUAACAAGAUUGUAACCCUGUGUAAAAAUAGCUGAAAACGCACAAAUAUUAAAUGACUGGUGGGUCCUAAAAGAUUUACAGUGAUCAACUAUCAUCUCAUAAGGUAGAAAUACCAUGUCUUCUGCAUCUUUUUCAAAUUAAAUAUGGUAUCGUUCAUUAGUACCAUUGUUUUCGAUAUUUAUUCAUCAUUUUCGAUCAAUAAAAACAGUUGUAUUAAUUGUGGUACAUCUUAUUUGGGAGUAAGAGUGCAUCUUUAAGGUUCAGUAAGGUAGAUUGUAAUAAAGUUACAUUGAUUAUAAUUUUGAAUGAUGCCUGGUUGGCUAUUAAAGUACCAUGUAAUAUAUGUCCGUGAUAAUAUUGAUAUAUAAAUGUUGAUAAAAACUAUAACUGAGUGCUUAACAAAAAUCUCAUCACACCUUUCGUCCUCCAAUCAAUGUUGGUGCAGAUUUUGCUCGGAAUGUACCAUGUAAAAAAAAAUGUGGAUUUUUUCGAAUACAUGUAAUAUUCCAUUUGUCAUAAUUUACAUUUAUUGAUGUUCUAUGAAUUUAUCAAAUAAUACUUGUGAUAUAAGUAUACAUGUAUAUGUGUGUAGCUUACCAUUUAUUUGAAUGAAUGCACUUUUCUGUCUCUUUUAUUUGUAUACAGAAUCUGUGUAUACAAUCUUUUAAGUAUUGCAAUAAAUAUCAUCUAUGAAA